CAUGUGCCAAAGCAAAUUCCUGGAAGUUCAGCAAAGGCUCUUGUAUGCUGAAAAGGAAUACAAAAAAAGAUCACAUGAACUGAGUGAUGCCCUGGAUGAAAUUAAAUGGAUGCUUGCAAGAAGGAUGCACUUGACCAUAAAUCAGACAGAUGACAUGAAGUGGAAAGAGUUAAACCUCACUAGAAAACUCCCUGUGCAUCUUACAAACAUAAACUACUACCUACCUCACCUUCAAGAAUCUGAAGAUGGCAUUGUCCCAAAUGUUAUUUUGGGGCAACAGAGAACUGGAGUCUCACUGGUGAUGGGUAUUCCUACUGUGAAAAGGCAGAAACAAGAUUACUUGAUCAACACCCUGCAUUCCCUUCUGUAUGACCUUUCUGAAGAGCAGCAGAAUGACUGCUUGAUAAUCAUUCUUGUAGCAGAGGUGGAUGCAGAAUAUGUUAACAGUGUUGCUGAAAGUGUUAAAAGCAGCUUCCCUGUUGAAGUCCAGUCUGGGAUCCUAGAAAUUAUUUCUCCUCCUGCUUCUUACUAUCCAGAUCUUUCCAACCUGAAGAAAACAUUUGGGGAUUCGGAGGACAGAGUAAGGUGGAGAACUAAACAGAACCUGGAUUAUAGCUUUUUAAUGCUAUAUGCCCAACCCAAGGGAGCAUUUUAUUUGCAGCUGGAAGAUGAUAUUGUAGCCAAACCUGAUUACAUUCAAAGUAUAAAAACCUUUGCUUCUGAACAGUCCCAAGAGUGGAUGAUUCUUGAGUUCUCCCAACUUGGAUUUAUUGGAAAAUUGUUCAAAUCAGAAGACUUGCCACUCAUAGUGGAGUUUUUUCUCAUGUUCUAUAAAGAUAAGCCCAUAGACUGGCUUAUAGACCACCUGCUCUGGGUUAAAGUGUGCAAUCCAGAAAAGGAUGCAAAUGAGUGUGAAAAGGAGAAGGCAAAGUUACGGAUCCGUGCCAAACCAUCUCUCUUUCAGCAUAUGGGGAUUCAUUCAUCAUUGCCUGGGAAGAUACAGAAUUUGAAAGACAAAGAUUUUGGGGUAAAUGUGCUACAUAAAGCACAUAAUAACCCACCUGCAACAGUGGAUACAAGCCUGAAAAUAUACCAGCAAUAUACCUUGGAGAAAGUUUAUAGAGGCAAAGACUGCUUUUGGGCUUCAGCUCCAGUGGCAGGCGACUACAUCCGCUUCACCUUUUUAAAUCCAACAAAAGUUGAAAAGUACCUCUUCAGAAGUGGAAAUAUGGAGCACCCUGGUGAUAAGCUGUUUAACACUACUGUGGAAGUGCUGCCUGCCGAUGAAAUGCUAAGAAAAGAGCUGCUUGAGAAUGGAAGUAAAUUUGGCUACCCAGCAACCAAAGAUGGGUAUUUAAAAAUAGGAGCUUUUGCAAAUGGAAUUGCAUCAGGCAGAAUCAAUCAGUCCAUAGGGAAAAUAGAGGCUAUUCGCUUAUCGAUCCAUUCUGAUUCUCCUGUAUGGGCAAUACUUAGUGAGGUACUUAUCAAGACAUCUGAAAACUGAAAAAAAACC